AAUUGUAACUUGGCAACCCUAGUAGUCAUCAGGUUUUAGUGUUUAUUUGUGACCAAUAUUAUGUUGUGUUGCGGAAGAAGGUUGAUAUAUCCUUUAGUCCAGUUAAAUGGCCGUCGAGGAUAUACUCACAAUGUACAACCCGUUAAAAUGGCCUACAACGUUUUCCAGGGUACCAAUACAGAUGACUCACGGCCCCCAUUGAUUAUAAUGCAUGGACUUUUUGGGCUGAAGCAAAAUUGGAGAGCAGUUGGUCGAGCUUUGGAGGCAAAGACAAAUCGUAAAAUUAUAACUGUGGACGCCCGCAAUCAUGGUGAUUCUCCACAUACAGGCGAACACAGCUCCAUCGAGAUGGCUGCAGACGUAGUUCAUCUUAUGCAACAGCUGAAUAUCGAUAAAGCAUCUAUAAUGGGACAUAGUAUGGGUGGCAGAACCAUGAUGUACAUGGCGUUGAAAUAUCCCGAACUGGUUGAAAGUGGCAUCAUUGUUGACAUAUCACCUUUGGAGCUUCCCAGAGACUUUGAGGCAAUGGAACAAAUAUUUGGGGCAAUGAAAAACUUACGAGUCCCAUCAGAACUCUCAAUGGCCGAAGGACGCAAAUAUGCUGAAGUCGAAAUGAAGAAAGCAAUACCCUCCAACGAGACUGUCGAUUUUAUUCUUCUCAAUUUGAGAAAAAACCCGGACGGAACAUUCAAGUGGGCGGCAAAUGUCGACUCACUCUACAAUAACUUAAGAUUGUUUUCGGAAUUCACAAAUCACAUUGCCGGUUUGCAACCUUACGUGGGACCCAUGAUGUUUAUAUGUGGCAACAAAUCAAAUUUUGUACACCCUGAUAGUUGGCCACAGAUACAGAAAAUAUUUCCUAAUUCCAAUAUUCAUUGGCUGGAUGCAGGUCACCUGGUGCAUUUUGAGCAACCCGCAAAAUUUGUUGAAUUACUAGUGAAUUUUUUAAAAUAAUAGCCAAUAACCAAGGAUACAUUGGUCAGUAUCAAGGUCUGCCAUCGCUCAUUAAAAUAAAAUAGGCAACAAAAAUUGCAAAAGUAAGACUGCAACAGGGUGUGUUUUAUUAACAAUUCGGUUUAGAUUUGUUCGAAUGAGUUGAUAAAAUGAGUUGUUUUGGAUUUAAUAUUUGAUACUCGUAAGACCAAUGUUAUAGUUUUAUUCAUUUAAGCACAACAACAAUAGGUCCUUUAUUCCAGAGUUAUUAUGUUUAUAGUUAGAAAAUAUAAAUAAACCACUUUUCAAGCAACA